GGGACAGAGGAGUACCUAAUAUACACAUGAAGAGGAAGAGGAAGAUGAAGAUCCCAAAUGUGUGCUCCAUCGAAAACAUACGAGAUGAAUUAUGUGCACCAAGGCUCGAAAAUAAAUAUGAUAUGAGUUUUGUGCCUAUCAAAUUCAUGUACAUCAAGAAGUUAAUAAAUGUUGUUCUUGAUCUUUACAAUGUCCAGUAUACUCAAUGGUCUGCUGUUUUUCGCGACGCUGCUAGGGCUCAUAAUCUUCUUCAUCAUAUUGAUCCCGCUAUCAUUAAUAAUAUUGAUCAUAGCACUACUCUUUGGCGUCGACAAGAGGCCAUUGUUCUUUCAUGGAUUUAUGCCACAAUCUCCCCUUAUUUACUUGUAAGGCUGGUCACUGAAACGCGUGGGACUAUUAGUGCCAUCAAUGCCUGGGAAUUUCUCCGUGAUAUGUGUGAACAAUAUUCCAGCUCCGAAAAUAAGAGAAAGAGAAGGUUCAUUCACGUUGACCUCGAUGAGAAUUAUCAAGGGGGUGUUGAUUUAAUAAGCAAUUUACCUGAUGAGUUGCUCGUGUGCAUUCUUUCUUUGGUUGCUGAUAUGAAAAGUGUGGGGAGAACAUGCCUUCUCUCUAAGAGGUGGACACGUCUUUGGACUUACCUUAAGCAUCUAGAUUUUGGCGAGCCUGAAACUCUUCUGAAUUAUACAUGGUAUCCGCAAUCUAAAAUGGACAAAUUUGUUGAAAGGGUUAACAGGGUUAUAAUUGCAAAUCGAGCUCCAUAUCUUGAUGCCUUUAGAAUAAAGUUUCCGCUUAAUAGUUUUUAUUCUGCUCAUAUUCAGAGUUGGCUCAAAUUUGCAUUUGAUAAACAAGUUUGCAAUUUGGACCUGGACUUUCUAGAUAUGUGUUAUCCACCUAUCCAUUUUUCCAACAUCUUUUCUACGGAUCCUGCCUUGAUUCUCAAUACUACACUCACAUCUCUUCACUUGAAAUCAGUGACUCUAAAAGGACCUUUCCUUCAAUGGGUGUUAACUAACUGUAUUAAUCUUCAGCAUCUGUUGUUUCACCGCUGUAAGGCCAGCUCUGAUGAUGACACUGCAUCUUCUAUGCACCACCGAAGACUUGUUGUCUCAUCCCCUCAGCUGAGGCACUUGGAGUUUUAUCACAGCUUAAAGUCACUUAACAUUCAAGUGCUCUGUUUAUCUGCUCCAAAUCUUACUUCAUUUAUAAUUUACGAAUCUAAAUAUGAAGUGGAGUAUCGUAGUGUUCCAUCACUUGUGGAUGCUACUUUUGGAUGGUUAUAUUGUCAUCACCUUUUCAAGAAUCAAGACUCCAUAUCUAGUUUCUCUUUCCAGCUUCAAAAGCUGUCAAUUUGGUGGCACAUGGAACACACCGUAUAUAGUCAAUUCCCGAAUUUUGCUAAUGUUCAGCAAUUGGAGAUAAUAUCCAAAUUGGGGCACGGUGACCUCAUUCUAGCGACCUCCUUGAUAGAAGCGUGUCCUUUGUUGCAUACAUUCAAGUUAAAGAUGAUGUGUAGCUACGAGCUAGAAUCGACAAGGCAAAUUUCAGCUCCAGACUAUGCUCAAGAGAAUGCAAUACGUUGCCAUCAGCACCUUAAGGUUGUAGAGUACCUUGGAUAUGAGGGUUGUGCAUCUGCUGCCGAGCUUGCAGUUUGUCUUGCUAGGCAUGCCCCCAUGCUUCAGAGGUUUAUCUUUGAUACUCGUAGGCCCCACUCUAUAGAAAGCUUAUGCAGAGACACGGCCUAUGAUUAUAGGGAUAAAGUGGCAAUUGCGAAGAAAACAGAGCUUCUUGCAAAACGGAUUCAAAGGAGGCAAUUUCCUCUGGAUGUGGUGAUUUUAUGAUUGAUUGAAUUCAAGUUUUUUCAUAUUCUAGAUUCAACAAAACCUCUGAACUUGAAGCACUAUCUCAUGCAUGUCUUUCGAAUAUUAAUAAUCUUGUUUACCUCUAUUUAUUUUAUAGCCAUAAUAUUUCAGUUGAAUGGAGCUUAUUUUGCAUUU